GCUCGCUCUUCUCUUCUUGAAAACAUGUCGCCCAUGAAGCUGUGUGUUCCAGGUGAAAGGCUGUGCAGUACGGAGGACUGCAUUCCCGGAGCAGGAACGUAUCUGCGGCACGGCUACAUCUUCGCCUCGCUCGCAGGUUACGUGCUCAGGAGGAACGAAGGGGAGGAGCUUCCUGUGAUUUCAGUCGUCAAAGAGACAGAAGCGCAACUUUUGCCUGACGUCGGCGCCAUCGUCACCUGCAAGGUGACGAGCAUUAAUCCACGUUUUGCAAAAGUGCACAUCCUCUAUGUGGGCUCCACGCCUCUUAAAGACAGGUUCAGAGGCACCAUCAGGAAAGAAGAUGUGAGAGCGACAGAGAAAGACAAGGUGGAAACGUACAAAAGCUUCAGGCCUGGUGACAUCGUCCUCGCCAAAGUGAUCUCAUUGGGUGAUGUGCAGUCGAACUAUCUGCUGACCACGGCGGAGAAUGAGUUGGGUGUGGUCGUGGCUCACAGUGAAGCAGGAGCGCAGAUGGUGCCCAUCAGCUGGUGCGAGAUGCAGUGUCCCCGCACGCACAACAAAGAGUUCCGCAAGGUGGCGCGGGUACAGCCGGAGUACCUGCAGGCCUGAACUGGACGUCCUGUACCUUUCCAUCCUUUACCCCCGGAACACACAGCUUCACACGCAAACGCAGGCCAUGUACACGUGGUCCACCGCGAGACUAGAACUCUCGGGUUCUUGCGCAGAAAUUCCGAUUUGGACUGUAACAUUUUAUCAUCAGCAUCAAAACCUGUUUUAUGCUCUGGUUAAAUGUGAACCAACCAUCCUAGAACUCAAGGGGAGGCAGCACUCUAGAACCCCUGGGAUUCUGAUUCUUGGGGCUGCAUUCUAGAACCCCAGGGAUUCUAGAGUGUCCUUCUAGAGACUUAAACUGGAGAGUAAGUGGGCUUUACUGCAUCACUGCGAUGACGCCAUCUGCAAGUCCAGGACAGCUAGCUUUCCAUAACGGGAUUUUGAAGUAUUGGUCAUUUAUUUUGGCUGCACUGUAUUCAAGCCUCUGUAAAACACAUGAACCGCUUACAAAAUGAUCAGAGAUGCUAUCGUCGCUUCCCGUUUCAUUUUAUUCUCAAAUAUGUUUUCGUCCUGCAUUUUGUAAACUUUCUCCCCCUUUUUUCCUCUUUUCAUUUCUGUACAUAGAGUUCAUGUAUUUACAAGAGCCACAAUAAAGUGUUUAUUCUAAA